GCAAGGAGGAGCCAGGCGCCAAGGAGGUCAGGAGGCAGCUGAAGGCGAAGCUGGCCGAUGCCGAGAGGCAGGUCGCGGACCUCCACAAGCAGCUCGAGGCGAACGAGGAGGAGUCCCGUGGCUCAUCGCUCGUACGCUCGCAGCUGCGCGACCUGGCCGAGACGGCCUUGCACAGGGACGCCGACCUGGCUACGAUGAGGUCGCUGCUGGAGUACAAGAGCCUCUCUGUUUUGUCGUGUUUGGUGCAUGUGUUGCAGGAGACCGGGCUACAACAGGCAGACCGCGUCGAGUAA